AUGAAAGACAUUGCAAUCUCCAUUGCAGGAAAGCUUUCAGAAUAUUUGGUCAACCCUAUGUUAAACCAUGCUCGUUACAUGUUCAGCUUCAACCAGAUCAAUAGAAGUCUUUAUGUUCAAAAGGAUGAGUUGAUAGUAACCCAAAAAAGUGUGAAGGAGCGCAUGAAAGAAGCCAGAAGGAAAACCAAAAUAAUCGAGGAACCAAUAGAGAGGUGGAUGAAUGAUGAUAAUAAUGUCUUACAAGAUGUAGAAAAGCUUGAAGAAAAAACUAAAGAUAACAAAGGGUGUUACCGUGUACCUGAGCUUCCCGGCAUGAAAUACUUUUCAUCCAAAAACUUUGUGUAUUAUAAGUCCACUGAGCAUGCUUAUAAUAAACUCCCAGAGCCAUCAAAGUUUGAUCCAAUUGGAAGCCUUUCAGACAAUUCCUUCAGCAGGGAUCCAAUGCCAACACCAAGUCAAGGCCUAUUGAUUGAACUUUUCCCAAGGAAACUAUCUUAG